AGUUUACCUGGUGGUCCACACAGGAACUCUGCCUGAUACAGGCAUGAGCGUGGGCAGGGCGCCUCGCUACAGCAUUGUGUCCACUGAAGAAGAAGGUCUGCGCCUCGGCACCAUGCCCGCUGUGGGGAACGGCUUCGGGAAGAUUCACACUCGCAGCAAGUGCCACAGUCGCUUCGUCAACAAGAACGGGCAGUGCAAUGUCCGCUUCUCACACAUGAAUGAAAAAUCCCAGCGCUACAUAUCUGACAUCUUCACCACGUGCGUGGACAUUCGCUGGCGCUACAUGUUUGUAGUGUUCAGCCUCGUCUUUGUGGUGUCCUGGCUAGUCUUUGGUCUGGCCUUCUGGGUUAUUGCCCUGCUGCACGGUGAUAUGGAAAACCCCGGGGGUGGUGAUGGCUUUAUUCCUUGUGUCUUACAAGUCAAUAGUUUUGUGGCUGCUUUCCUGUUCUCGGUUGAGACCCAGACCACCAUCGGCUAUGGUUUCCGCUGUGUGACCGAGGAGUGCCCAGCUGCCGUAUUCAUGGUGGUCUUCCAGUCCAUCAUGGGCUGCAUUAUUGACUCCUUCAUGAUUGGCGCCAUCAUGGCUAAAAUGGCGCGGCCCAAGAAGAGGGCUGAGACGCUGCUGUUCAGCCACAACGCCGUCGUGGCCAUGCGGGAUGGGAAGCUGUGCCUGAUGUGGAGAGUGGGGAACCUCAGGAAGAGCCACGUGGUAGAGGCCCACGUCCGGGCCCAGUUCAUCCAGCCUCGAGUCACAGAAGAAGGAGAGUACAUCCCUCUGGACCAAAUUGACGUCAACGUAGGAUAUGACAAAGGCAUUGACCGCAUCUUCUUGGUCUCGCCCCUUACAAUACUGCAUGAGAUUGACGAAGAAAGCCCUCUAUUUGGCAUCAGCAAACAGGACUUGGAGACCUCAGACUUUGAGAUUGUGGUGAUAAUGGAAGGGAUGGUUGAAGCCACAGCUAUGACGGCGCAGGCUCGCACUUCCUACUUGUCUUCAGAGAUCCUGUGGGGUCAUCGCUUUGAGCCGGUCGUCUUUGAAGAGAAGAACCGCUACAAAGUGGAUUAUGCUCAUUUCCACAAGACCUUCGAGGUGCCAUCAACCCCCCAGUGCAGUGCCCAGGACAUGAUGGAGAGCAAGUCUCUAACACCCAGUGCCAACUCCUUCUGUUAUGAGAAUGAGAUAGUUUUCAUUAGCAGGGAUGAGGAGCAAGAGGGACAGGUUGAAGUGGAGGAUGGGAACAUGGUACCAGAGCUGGAGAGACUACAGGCUAACUCGGAACAUGACCAGAGGUUGUUUCGUAGAGAAUCUGAAAUAUGACUUUUAACUUGAUUCUUAGGUUGUCUUUUUCAGUUAGGUUGGGUUAUUUUCCAUGAAUAGAUGCACAGCUGCCAUAUGACCGUAGAAUCAUGGUUGUGUUCUGAACAUGUGAUGGAUGAGGCUGUAUAAGGGAAGUUUUGGGGGAAAAUGUCAUCAAACUAAAUGUCUUAUGAGAUUAGAAGGUGGUUGGCGCUACAUUAACUUUAUAUUAUGCAAUAUUAGUAAUUGUAAAUUAGGAGACACUUAUCUUAGUUUGAAUUAAUACAUACUGUAGAUUUCUUAGUUGUGUGCAUCAUCAAAAUGUUGUGACGAUAUUCUGGUCAAUCUUUUGUUCUGUGAUCCUGAUUUGGAGCAGCGUUCAAGAGGUGAUUAUAGGUGUUUUUGAGCAGUAGCUUAUGCAAACCUUUGCAACAUGAUCCCAAUAUGAACAUUUCGACCAUCAUUAGAAACAGGCUGGACAAUGAUAAUGUGGUGGUAAGCUGCUUGAAAAUGUAGAGAAUGUUAGAGUAAAACAUGUUAUACUAACAUAUUUAGUUAGUAAAUAAUAAGAGAUGUCAAUGUCAACACACCUCAAAUAAGGGUAAAUGGAAGGUUUUCCAGAUUCUACAAAGCUGUAGAAAACGUCACAAGGCCUACUGGCAGAAAAGCCACAUAAAGCACCAAAACACAUUAUUAAUCGUAUUUUACUAGAGUAACUAAAAGCACAAUAUAAGGGGUUACAUUUGAUAAUGAUGAAAACCCUGGUAUCUGCGAGCGCUACUUUCCAGCAGAUGUAUAAUAGAAACUGGGUGACUUCGGCCAAACAAAUAGUUACACCCUUUCAAACAGUUUACAGAACUAACAGCUAAAUUUUCCAACAUGAAAAUAAUUAAAUGAAAUGUAGGGAUGGUGAGUGAAAGAUUUGACUGGUUAGCCCAGUCAUCCGAAAUAUAGUUUGAUACAAUUCAGUAUGUUAUUUGUACUCUCUAACCAUCGUUCCUGAGUGGGCAUUGUUGUGCGCUAUUGCAAAGGUACAUAGCACUGGACUUCAAUCACUACACAGAAAUAUAACUGGAAUUACAGAGAGAAAUAGAUGACCUGUUCACACAGGCAUGCUCUUGGAAACUACACUCAGAUACAUUUAGUUUCUCUAAUCACAAAGGGAGUGGAUUAUUGAAUGUAAUCUAAAUACAUUACAUAUGCUGAACAGAGAUGACUGUAACAAUUGAGAUCAAGGAGGAGAGAAGACUGGAUUUGACUUAUGUAAAAUAUGGAUGCUUGCUGCAGUGUACAGGACAAAUGAAUAAUACUUGGAAUUUAGAUUUAGAUUUUUUACAAACAUUUAUUUUUUACUAUUGCCGGUAUAUCAACAAAUAAAUUACAUUGAUAAAAACAAUAAAAUAAUAACACAAUAUUCUAAAAAGUGAGAUUCAACCACAAAUAUAUUAGCAUCUGUAUUUAAGAACCCGUCAAGUUUUGACAGUAGUUUUUGUAAAUCUCAGUGAGGGGAAGGUCCACAGAGCAGCAGAGCAGUUUAGCACAUGGAGCAGCUGG